AUGUCAGAUCAAGAAGAUAAACCAAAACAUUUCAGUGAUGCUGAAACAAGGGAACAAAGAAAAAAACGAUUCUUACUUGAUACAGACCCUAAAAUUGCCAAGCUCAAUGAUGUGGACGAUUCAACUAAGAGGUUUAAAUAUUUAUUAGGAUUGACUGAUAUUUUCAGAUACUUUAUAGACUUGAAUGCAUCCAAGGACACGCAAUUCAAGAAAAUAAUCAAGCAAAUAGAUAAUAAUGUCUCGUUUAUGGAACCGCCAACCAAGAAGAAGAAGAGAAGAAAGACAGAAAAAGAGGAAGAUGCAGAAUUGUUGGAGGAUGAAGAACAUAUAUAUGACGAGGGAUCUCAACGGACAAUAUUAACAGAAUCCCCUAGUUUUGUCAAGGAGGGGACGCUAAGAGAAUAUCAGAUUCAAGGAUUGAAUUGGUUGAUAUCUCUUUAUGAAAAUAGAUUGAGUGGUAUACUAGCAGACGAGAUGGGAUUAGGAAAAACAUUACAGACCAUUGCCUUUUUAGGUUAUCUAAGAUAUAUCAAGAAAAUAGAUGGUCCAUUCAUUAUUAUUGUGCCAAAAUCAACAUUGGACAACUGGCGGAGGGAAUUUGCGAAGUGGACUCCUGAUGUUAACGUAAUUGUUUUACAAGGAAAUAAGGAGGGCCGUAAUGAGGUAAUACAGAAUAAGCUAUUAAAUGCUGAAUUUGACGUCCUAAUAACCUCGUUCGAAAUGGUUAUUCGUGAGAAAGCACACUUGAAGAAAUUUAGAUGGGAGUAUAUUGUGGUAGAUGAAGCACAUCGUAUCAAGAAUGAAGAUAGUUCGUUAUCGCAGAUUUUAAGGCUAUUUUAUUCUAAGAAUAGAUUAUUAAUAACGGGUACGCCACUUCAGAAUAAUCUUCAUGAGUUAUGGGCGUUACUAAAUUUUUUGUUGCCUGAUGUAUUUGGGGAUUCGGAAGUAUUUAAUGAAUGGUUUGAAAACCAGGGUGGUAAAACAGAUGAAGAUAAAGAAAAGAAUCAGGACAAAGUAAUUCAACAAUUACAUAAAGUUUUGAGUCCAUUUUUAUUGCGUAGGAUCAAGGCGGAUGUUGAAAAGUCAUUGUUACCUAAAAUUGAAACUAAUAUUUAUAUUGGUAUGGCAGAUAUGCAAAUAAAAUGGUACAAAAAGUUGUUGGAAAAAGAUAUCGAUGCUGUUAAUGGGGUUGUUGGUAAAAGAGAAGGUAAAACUAGAUUGUUAAAUAUUGUAAUGCAGUUGAGAAAGUGUUGCAAUCAUCCAUAUUUAUUUGAUGGCGCAGAACCGGGCCCACCAUAUACAACUGACGAGCAUUUGGUUUUCAAUGCUGGAAAAAUGAUUAUAUUGGAUAAGAUGCUAAAAAAGUUUAAAAAGGAAGGUUCAAGGGUUUUAAUUUUUUCACAAAUGUCAAGAUUACUAGACAUUUUAGAAGAUUACUGCUAUUUGAGGGAUUAUUCGUACUGUAGAAUAGAUGGUUCCACUUCCCAUGAGGAUAGAAUUGAGGCAAUUGACCAGUAUAACAUGCCAGACCUGGACAAGUUUAUUUUUCUAUUAACUACUAGAGCAGGUGGUUUGGGUAUUAAUUUGACUAGUGCUGAUAUAGUUAUAUUGUAUGACUCUGACUGGAACCCACAGGCUGACCUACAAGCUAUGGAUAGGGCGCAUAGAAUUGGUCAAAAGAAACAGGUCAAGGUUUAUAGGUUUGUCACUGAAAAUGCUAUUGAAGAGAAAGUCUUAGAUAGAGCGGCACAAAAAUUGAGAUUGGAUCAAUUAGUCAUUCAGCAAGGAAGACAAAUAAAUGCAAAUAACUCUGUUGGUGGUUCGAAGGAUGAUUUAUUAGGAAUGAUUCAACAUGGUGCUAAAAAGGUUUUUGAGUCCCAGCAAAGCUCGACAAUGUUAGAUGACGAUAUUGAUGCUAUCUUGCAAAAAGGUGCAGAAAAGACAGCAAAUUUGAAUGCCAAGUUUAAUAAUUUGGGUUUAGAUGACUUGCAAAAUUUUACCUCCGAUUCUUCGACGUACGAAUGGAAUGGCCAAAAUUUUGCCAAGAAGGAGAAUCAAGGAGAAUUAGAGUUUACUUGGAUCAAUCCACCUAAGCGUGAGAGAAAAGAGUUAACUUACUCUAUUGAUAACUAUUAUAAAGAUGUUUUGAAAACAACACCUCUUGCAAAUAAAAAUAAUAAUUUGCUGUCAAAAUUUAAAGCACCUAAAAUAUAUAAUAUUCAAGACCAUCAAUUCUUUCCUAAUGGUUUAAAGGAACUACUUGACAGAGAGCAAUUAGCUUAUAAAAAACAGAUAGGUUACCGAUUUGCGUUAAAUGAGUUUGGUGACAGCGAUGAAGAAUUCUUAGCAGAGGAAUUUAAGAAUGAAUUACCCAGAGAGGAAAGAAGAAGGUUAGAGCAAGAGAAGGUGAAUAAUGUUGUGCCAUUGACAGAGGAAGAGGUAGAAUUGAAGAAUAAACUAUUAGCUGAAAGCUUUCAUAAUUGGACUAGGCGAGAUUUCACAAAUUUCAUUCACGGGUCUUCCAAGUUUGGUAGAAAUGAUUACUCAAGUAUCGCAAAGGCAAUGGGUAAUAAAGAUGAAGAUGAUGUAGAGCGUUAUCUGAGAAAAUUUUGGGAAUCUUAUUCCUUAAUUGAAGGUUACGAUAAGUAUGUAUCUCAAAUUGAAAGUAGCGAGAAAAAGAUCGCCAAAUUAUUGAACCAACAGAAGCUUUUAAGUAUCAAGAUGGAAUCAUUGAAAGAUCCUUUGGAGGAAUUAAAAAUUCAAUACCCUCCAAAUAAUUCCAAGAGAGUUUACUCUAAGCAUGAAGAUAGAUUUAUAUUGCAUUGUGUUCACAAAUAUGGCCUAUUUAGUGAACACUUAUUGGAAAAAAUAAAGGAAGAGAUAGCCAUCAAUGAUUCAUUCAAGUUUGAUUGGUAUAUGUUGUCUAGGACACCACAGGAAUUAGGAAGACGUGUUAAUACGUUAUUAUUGGCGAUCACGAGAGAACUAGAAGGACCGCCUGCUAUAAAAAAGAAAAUUAAGGGUAGUUCAAAUGCUAGUAGCCGCCCUGGUUCUAUCGAGCCCACGGCAAUUAGUGAUAACAAUUCUAAUAAUUUAAAUUUAGGUACCAAGAAGAGAAAAAUAUGA